AUGGAUCUCCGGGCAGGUUACCAUCAGAUUCGUGUUCAGGAAUCUGACAUCCCCAAAACGGCCUUCCGCACCUAUGAAGGACAUUAUGAGUUUGAUGUCACCUCCACAGACUAUCUCGGCCAUGUGAUUUCUAAAGAGGGAGUGGUUGUCGAUCCUUCCAAGAUUGAGGCCAUUCAAGCAUCGCCAACACCAAUGACUGUGGAAGGAGUACACGGGUUCCUCGACUUAGCAGGAUAG